GAUCUAAGCCCGAGGAUUAUCUCCACUGUCUCCCGCGGCCGAGUCUGCAGUGGGUCGGCUUGUCUGCGAUUAGGUUUCUGGGCAAUUCUUAAGCUCUUUAUCCAGCCAUCCUACCCCCAACACAUACGCAACCUUUCUAUUCUCUUGUCACCCCGCCGCAAACAUAUUUCACAAUGCCUGUUCCAUUCUCCUUUGCUGCCCCCUGCUAUGACCGCAUGGUCCCGCUCGCGACCGGUGAGGUCCGCCCCGCGGGGCUCGAUCUGAACUUUGUCGAAGUCCAGCAUCCCCGCGACGUGUUUGACCGCAUGGUCCGAAACGGCGAGUUCGACGCCUCCGAGCUCUCGAGUAGCGAAUUCAUCACCCGCCAUGUCGCCGGCGAUCGGACCUUUACUGCUAUCCCGGCCUUUCCGCUCCGUACUUUCCGUCAUGGAUACAUCGUCGUCAACACUGACCGCAUCAAGUCACCUGCAGACUUGUCGGGGAAGCGCAUCGGCGUGCAAUUGUAUACUAUGACCGCUGCCGUCUGGAUCCGUGGGCUUUUGAUGCACGAGUAUGGCGUGGAUCUGUCGAGUAUUACCUGGAUUGAGGGGCGGAUGGACGCGCCCGGGGCUCAUGGCAAGCCAUCCGUCCUGAUUCGGAGGGAAGGGGACAAGCCACUGGCCAACAUUGAAAAGAACAACAGCGGGAAAUCCCUGAACCAACUGCUGGCGGACGGUGAGAUCGAUGCGACCAUCGGAGCAGAAGUUCCAUCUUGUCUCUCGGACAAUGAAAAAGCCCCCCAUAUUCAGCGCCUGUUUCCUAAUUAUAAAGAGACUGAGAAGGAGUAUUACCGAAAAACGGGCAUCUUUCCGAUUAUGCAUCUGGUGGCUAUCCGAAGGGAAGUGUACGAUCAGCACAAGUGGAUUGCGACGAGCUUGUUCCAGGCGCUGAAUGAGUCGAAGGAGUUGGUUCGCAAGAGAACCUACAUGCCUGGUAUGAUCCGCUGUAUGUUGCCGUGGCUGCGGGAGGCACUGGAAGAGACCGUCGAGGUGUUCGGGGAGGAUUGCUGGCCGUAUGGAAUUGAGAAAAACCGCAAGACUUUGGAGGCGUUGGUGCAGUAUCUGUAUGAGCAGGGGAUGAUUGAAAGGGUGGUUCCGGUCGAGGAGCUGUUUGCGCCGGUUCAGGAGGCGCCGUUUGUAAUUCAUUAGUAGCCUGAUAGUUGCUAUCACUUAGUAACCUUGAAUCAAUGCAAUAGAGAUC